CCCCCGCCUGUAGCCGCACCCACCAACAGCCCUGCGCCCUCCCGGUGCAAACGGAGUGGCGCCGUCAUGUCCUUCAUCGCCGGGCAGCCUGUCACUGCGGUUGUGCAACGUAUUGAAAUCCAUAAACUGCGUCAUGGUGAUAAUCUGAUCCUGGGAUUCAGUAUUGGAGGUGGAAUCGACCAGGACCCAACACAGAACCCUUACUCAGCGGACAAAACAGACAAGGGUAUAUAUGUAACAAGAGUCUCAGAAGGAGGACCAGCGGAAGUAGCAGGUCUCCAGAUUGGAGACAAGAUAAUGCAGGUGAAUGGUUGGGAUAUGACGAUGGUAACACAUGACCAGGCCCGGAAACGUCUCACUAAGAAGAAUGAAGAUGUUGUUCGGCUUCUGGUAACUCGUAAAUCUCUGCAGCAGGCGAUCCGCCAGUCACUGCAGUGAUCAAGCUCUCACUGAGACUAGUACCCUCCUUGAAUAUCACAUUUUAAAGAGAAAUUAUCCUGCCAUUAAAGGCCAUUUAAUAUUGCUGCACAGCAUUAUACAGACCAUAGCCAGUCAGCAUUCAUCACUAGUAGACAAGCAAAGGCACUUGCUAUUUAAGUAUAUAGAUAACAACCUGGAUGUAUAUUGCACUGAGAAUGACAUGACAUUCUCUGGUGGAAUGUACAAACUAGUACUGAUAAUAUCAAUUUUACAGCAUUAUCAUUGGGACCAUUACCCAAAGUCAAGGACUCUGGCACAUUUAAUACUAGAACCUCAAGCUUGUUAGACAAGUAUUUGACAUGUUCUUUUCACAUUCCUCUGUUCAAGUGCAGACUUUAAACUAUUUUAAUUUGUUUUAAAUCUGCAUCCAAAUGCCAGAGUUCUGUGAAAGAUAUUGCUGGUAUUCUUGAGUGCUUUUCAAUGGCCAAGAUGCACCAGAAAUGGCUGCUCACAUCCUUUCCUAUCGGCACUGAGCAACUUAAUGGAUAGUUGUUGUUUAAAAAAUGACUUCAAUGUAUUAGGCACUGUGUGAAAAUAAGCAGAGGUAUACUUUGGUUUUAUCUGUUCACACUAUAGCUUCAUCUGUCGCAAGUACCAAUGAAUUGAUGCUGCACAAUACAAGGAUUGCCCUGGGGCUCACUAAUCAUGGGUGAGAUGCUGUUUUGGUGGAAGAAACAAUUAAUUUAAAAACCAAUUUGUACCAAAACAAUCUACAUCCUUUCUGCUAUAAAUUCUGAACCUAUGUAGACAUUUAGAAGUUAAAGAUUUGUCUGAAGUCAUUUUUCAAAAUGUACUUUUUUUUACAGCUUUAUAUUGAAUAAUCUUUUCUAAUAUUUUAAACACAACCUUGUGCCUUCACACACUUAGCUGCACAGUACUAAUCUCGAAAUGUAAAGUAUAACCACAAGUGUAAUGUACUUGCAAAAGGAACCGGUGCUAGAUUGUUAUUUCUGCGCUUUUCUUCUCAUGUUGCUGUAUAUGGUGUAGCUUUCAUUUAUAAUCCAUGGUCAUCACUAAGUAACUAUCCAAGGCUCUCCAAAGUGCCUUCAUUCCCAAUUAUUGCAAAUAGCCAGCCAAAAACCCAAAACACACAGAAGGAAAGGAUUUCACUGCUGUGUCUGCUGCACAAACAUGCAUUUAAUUUCCUUCCUUUGCCUACAAUUAUUGGGACCUCUCACAUGUAUAAAAAUGAAACCAAACCUUGUGUGCAUAGUUAUCUGAUUACCUCUUAGCCAGUUGUAAGAGUGCGUGGCUGCCUGUUGUCGCUGGAACACAAGUGAAAUUACCAACGGGUGGUUUCUGAAACAAACUGAGGGCUCUGGAUUCUAACGUUCUCCUCUCAAAGUUCUAUUUGUUUCUCAUCAUAUGUUUUACUCCAUUUCUCAUGGUAUUGCGCAGUGAGAGCUAACACUCACCAAGCAAUAACUGUGUUCAGAAUGCAUACAGAAACUGCAUGCUUCAUCUAGGCUCCUCACAGCAUUAACUUUUUAAUUGUAUAGUUUACUAGACAUUUUGAACCAUUUCCUGACUUUUUAAAAAAUUGAUAAAUGACUACAAAAUGUAAGGUGUGUAAAAGAUGCAUAGAGACUGCCGGGUUCAUGUUUAUAAAUCCUGUGGAUCAUGAAAUGCUUUCAUAAUUUCAUGACUGAGACUCUUUAAUAAUUGGGUUAAAUUGUUAUGAAUAAAUCUGGAGUGUAUGAAAUGCAAUUAUUCAUUGUACAAAAUAGCCUUUCACCAUUCAACUGCUUUCAAUAAAAAAUACUUGAGUUAUUAAA